AUGAACACGCGCUUUGUGAGGUUGGGGCUGUACAAGCAGCCCUUCAAGGUGCCCCGCUCCGCCAUCCUGGCCUUCAAGAAGAUGAUUGAGACCGACGUGGCGUUCCCGGCGUCUGCGGUCAAGCAGUACUACGGCUGCGGCCCGCUGUAUGUGCGGCACUACGUGAGGAACCGCUUUGAUUACCUCAAGAUGAUCCCCUACAAGAAGGUCGGCUCUGGCGUGCGCGCCGCCGCAGACGAGUACGAGCUCAAGUAUUCGAUCCUGGGUACCGGCUACAACGUGAGCGUCGGCGUGGGGCCUGGGUGGGGCGGCGCGCUGUGUGGGAGGGGCCGCAGAUGUGUGGCGUGGUAA